CGUGUUUCGUUAAUUUGCUUCUUAUACAACACCUUUUCAGUGAAACGACUCACCUGCCGAAAAUGCGAAGGUCAUGGAUUUAUCUCUGUGCUAAAAGGCCAUGCUGCCGUAUGCCCAUUCAAUGAAUGUAACUGUGAUCGGUGUUCCUCAGUGAUGAGUAUGCGUGCAAAUGCACUAAUUCGUCGCUUCCGUCAUCGACAACCCGGACAGAGUUCGGCUGUGCUGAAGACAAUACGUUCGAAAAAUGGCAAUAUGCGUCUAAGGAUUGUUCCAAAGGGCGAUCAAGUUGAAGGUAAGGGAUCCACGGUGAAUAAAACAGUUAGUGGCUACUCUACAGCCACAGCGGCCCUUUUGCACCCACAUACCGUACUACCGUAA